AUGGCCUCCUCCACCUCCGCCGGCGCCGGCGCCAUUCCCGCCGGCCCACCGUCGACGCUCUCCCCGAACGCGUCUCCCUACACCCUCCUCGCGCGUCAGGCCCGCGCCCCUCUCGGACGCCUCCACGACGGUGAUGCUUCGAGGUUGAUUGAUAAUAACUUUGUGCUGAAUGGAGAGGACAACAGUUCUUGUUCGGUGCCACUGGCAGCACACUUUGGGAUGAAGCAGAGUGACACUGUUUAUUCAAGCAGUGCACAUGGAACACGACAAGGUCAGCCAAGCUCCGCAUGUGGAAUUCCUGUCGGUGUUUAUCCAUCUCCAACGUCCUCAAUUGGGAUAGUUUCAGAGGCAUCAGUCACCAUAGCUUCUGAUUUCAAGCAGCACCUUGUUCCAUCGACGUCAGGUAAGGGAAGCGGACAACCAAGGGUGACGAUCAGAAGCCCUCCAAGUAAAACUUCAGAAACUAACAACACCAUUUUCGGUUCUGUUAGCAAAUUGGCUAUAAGGAAAAAUGAUGAGUCCAACAAAGAGACUGGGAAACAUAUCUCCUUCGGCGGGAAAUUAGAACUUGGUAAUCCUGCUCAUGGAAGUGGCAAUUCAAAGGGUACCAUGGUUCUCCCGAAAGAGCUAAAUCCUGAAUUUAGCGUGAAGCCUCUUGCCCCAUCUGCAUGUGCUAGCCCAUGUGUUGCAAUGGCUGAUGACGUGAAUCCUGAUCCAUCGGAGUGUUCUGUGGAUUCACCUUGCUGGCGAGGGACAGCUUCUCGUCUCUCUCCAUUUGAUGGUCUUCCAACAUUAGUUGCCCAAUCAGUGAAACAAGAAUCAGUGGCUUUUGAUGCAGGGCAGGAACAAAGCUCUAGCACUGAUUGCGAGGCUCCAACUAAACUUCAGAAUUUGGUCGCUAGCAAGAGUACGCAAAACCGUUCCCAAUCCCAUGCUGAAUUGGGUCUGUCCAAGGAACCUGGUGGCAUUGGUACAAAUCUUACACAAUAUUCCCAUGGAAAGGAGCAGUUUGCGAAACAUGGUGCAGCAAAUCACAAUGCAGACAGACACUAUUUAGCAGUGAUAGAUGAUUGCAUAAAGCGAUCUGGCCUAGACUCUGCUGCUCCUGAUUUUGUUCCCUUAUCUGUUAGGAAAUCAAAUACCGGCGAUGCUACAGGUUCCUGUUCUUCAUCUGGAGCGAACAUGUCAGGAAUUCUGGAGGCGAUCAAGAGUUUGUCGGAGGUGCUAUGCAAUAAUUUUUCUAAUGAAAUUGAGCUAGAGGAGCAUGACCACUGCCUCCUCCAAUCAGUAAUUGGGAAUCUUCAGAGUUGUCUUCAUAAAGCAAGCAAGGUUCCUGUUGUGGUUGCUUCUGACAAGUCAGGAGGACUAAAGGCUUGCUAUGCUCAGAAUGCAGCUUCAAAAUCUGUCGCAGGAGACUGCAAUGGUAGUUACACUGCUGAUAAUGGAAAAGGCAUAAUUAUCUCUAAUCUUGGUGAUUCUAGUCGUUUGGUUGGUGACUUAAGGAAAAAGAGUGUGACAGGGUACCAGCAGUCUGCACUCAGCAAUUUUCCAAAGGAGCUCUCAUGGGAGGAGCACUCACAGGCUCUUAUCUAUAAGAAACUGUGGUUUGAUGCAGAACGUGCAAAUUGUGCUUUGAAGUAUCAACUGAAACAAACUCGUGUGGAAAUUGACCUAGAGUCUAGCAUGGCUCAUAUUGGUGGUGGUCCAAGAAACCAUUCUUUCCAUCUAUGUGAUAUGGGUGUAGAUCCAAGUAAUUCCUAUGGAUCUGCCAUAACUUGCCCACUGAGGCUCAAGGGCCAUCCCGGAGGAAGAAAGACUCAUAACCUGCUUUCUGCUGCUGACCACAUUCAAUCAGGAGACAGCAGCGUUCUAUCAAGAUCAAAAGGUUACAUAGCUGUGCCAGAGAAUAUUGAGGAUGAAUAUUUCUUGCCAGGCUCGGAAGAAACUGGUGUCCACCGCCAUGUGCAUCCUGGUCUACAAGUGAAACCAAGUAGGGCCUUCAAAAGGUUGAACACAAGCACAUCAGAUGGAAUGUCAUCAUCCUCAUAUAUCACUGGAAGGGAUGACAUUCUGCGUGGCAGCUGCGAGUUUGGAUCUUCAGACUGGGAGCAUGUGCUGAAGGAAGAAAUCGGCUCAACCUAA